AUGGUGGACAUUCCACUGUUCGAUGGCCCCUCGUUUCGCGAGAUCGUGCUCAUCGUGGGCUUCGUCGUGGGGAUCGCAAUCACCCUGGCCCUCACCCUCACCACCCUCAUCGGCUGCUGCGUGUGGCGCUGCUGCGUGUGCUGCCAGCGACGCCGCCGCAAGAAGGAGGUCCUCCAGCAGCGAGUCCUCGACGCGUCGGGCGGCCCACCCAGCGGCGGCGCCAGCGAGCAGCGCGUCUACCACCCGGUCGGGGCCGACAUGCGAGCCCGCGCCCUGCUCGACAUCGAGGAGGAGGAGCGCGGGCAGAAGGUGAGCCGCGUCACGUGGGUACUCGUCUACGUCGUGGUGUGGACCUGGCUCUUCUUCCUCGGCGCCGGCCCGCUGUUCUGGCUCGUCGUGAUGGACUACCUGCCCUGGUGGGCCGGCUGGCUCUGCGCCACGGCCCUGCUCUGGCUCGGCUGGUUCUUCUUCUUCCCGCUCUACGGCACUACGGCCGCCGGGCACCACGACGUGGUCAGGCUUGACCGGCGCAGCAGCCUGCGCGACAGCGGCUACGUGCUGGUCGAAGACGACGACGGCUACGGCGACACCCGCAUGCUCUCGAUCAACCCGGCCACGGCCCAGCGCGCUGACUUUCACGGUACCAACGGCACCGGCGGCGGCGGCGGCGAUGGCGACCACCGGACGACGCGGCGCGGCAGUCGCAAUCCGAUCAAGCUCACGGGUCGUCUGCUCCGCGAGCGCGUGCGACGCGUGCGCCGACGACCGUUCGUGUUCGUCGGCGGGCUGCUCUUCUGGCUCGUGCUGAUCUUCUCGCUCACGUUCGUCUUCGAGGGCAUGUGCAUCGGCGAAUACCCGAUCUCCAUCGACUUCCGGCUGGUGCGACAGCUGCAGUCGUCGACGUGUUCGGGCGACGCGCCGUGUCAUGUCUACCUCACAUUCCCGCCCGGCAACAUGUCAUCGUCGAUCAUCGUCCACUUCCACGCCUCUGAUCUCGCGCCCUCCUGCGCGUCCACAGUCUACUACGACACCCAAUCGCGCAAGAAUGGAACGCUGGCCGACUAUCGGUUCAAUACGACGGGGACCCACUUCAAGUACGAGACGAAGGACUUCACGCGGUACAUCCACUGGGUGCGGAUCGACACGCUGGAGCCCGACACGGUGUACUUCUUCCGCGCGGGCUGCGGCGCCCACCCGCAGCUCUUCAGCCCCGAGAAGCGCUUCUUGUCGGCGCCCGGCCCCGACGCGAACAACUUCACGUUCAUCACGGGCGGCGACAUGGGCACGUCGGACGAGACCCGCACGAUCGAGAUCACGGCGGCGCAGCUCGACCCCCGAUUCGCCAUUCUGGGCGGGGACCUCGCCUACGCCAACGCGCUGCCCACGUGCUACCGCGUGUGGGACAAGUGGUUCGAUAUGUGGGAGGAAAACAUGAUCACCCGCGAUGGUAAUGUAAUCCCUCUGGUGGCGAUCGUGGGCAAUCACGAGACCGGCGGCGGCUCCUCGCUGCACCAGUCCGUGUCCGACAUCCCCUUCUUCUUCCGGUACUUCCACAUGUACCCGGGCGACGAGGCCGUCAAGCAGGAGCAGCGCCAGCGCAAGGAAGAGGCCCAGAUCCGGGUGUCGGCAGCGGAGCAGGCGUCGAUCGAGGCCUCCUCCACUUCGGGUGAUCUGUUGCCCGUCAUCGAGGCGGACCAGCAGCAGCGCCUGCAGCAGCGGCCGGCGUUGAGCGACGCGGACCUGCAGCGACUGCCCAACGUCUACCUUACCGACGCGUGGGACACCACCUACCACCACCACUUCCUCGGCGACCACCUCUUCCUCACGCUCGACAGCGGCAUGUUCCUCGACGUCCAGGGAGACCAAACGGCGUGGUUGAGGGAGCGGCUCGAUUCGUGGAACGCGACGCGCAACCAAUCUGUCGAUGUGCGGCAAGGUCACAUCAUGGCCAUCUACCACGGGGUCGACGUGUGGCAGAAUGACAUGCGCAAGUUCUGGGAGCCGCUGUUCGACGCCUACCAUGUGGCUGUGGGGUUCGAGAACCACUCGCACCGCUACGGGCGCGCGCACACGCUCAAGGCCGGCAAGGUGGACCCGACGGGCACGCUCUACCUGGGCGGCGGCAGCUUCGGCGUGCCGCCGUCGGCCAACAACGGCAACCCCUGGUACAUGGUCAACGUCUAUCAGAAGCGACACUUCCUCCACGUCAACGUGACGCCCUAUGAAAUCUUCAUCGAUGUGAUCGACGAGCACGGAGACAUCUUCGACCGCGUCUCCGCGCGCUGA